UAUUUGCGUGGUGAUCGUAUCGUACCAGGCUACCAGCAACAUUGACGGUAAUGCUGAAAGAACGGAGAAAGUUGAGAGCGUCCGAAAAGAUGGAGAACGUUCUAGCUUUGUUGACAAAUAACAAAGAAAUGGGAAAAUAUAUCAUUCUCGUUGGCUGUGGAACGCUCCCGAACCCUCUUCCCUCCCUCUAUAUAUAACCAGCGUCCUCCCGUCGGCUUCACUCGAAGAAGGAAGACCAGAAAGCACUCUCCGUUCUGCAGCAUUCUUCAUUCCCGUUCUCGGUUUGUUCCACAAGAAGAAGAAGAAAGAGAGAAGAAUGGCGCUGAUUCCAAGCUUCUUCGGUCGUCGCAGCAACGUCUUCGAUCCCUUCUCCCUCGAUAUCUGGAAUCCCUUCGAGGGCUUCCCCUUCAGCACCCGCGGCGCCCUCUCUGAGCCCCGCUCUUCCUCCGGGAGCGAGGUGUCUGCGUUUGUCAACACUCAGAUUGAUUGGAAGGAGACGCCCGAAGCCCACGUCUUCAAGGCCGACCUCCCUGGCCUCAAGAAAGAGGAGGUGAAGGUGGAGAUCGAGGAGGGCCGCGUCCUUCAGAUCAGCGGCGAGAGGAGCAAGGAGUUUGAGGAGAAGAACGAUCGCUGGCACCGCGUCGAGCGGAGCCAGGGCAAGUUCCUCCGCCGGUUCCGACUGCCGGAGAACGCCAAGGUGGAUCAGGUGAGGGCAUCGAUGGAGAACGGGGUCCUCACCGUGACCGUGCCCAAGGAGGAGGUCAAGAAACCUGAAGUCAAGGCCAUUGAGAUCUCUGGCUGAGCAGUUUCUGUGGCCUCCGUCUUCGAAUCGGUCGUUAUGUCGUCUUCUCUGAUGCAAGGUUACGGAUCUGAAAAGAGUCUCUGUUUUGUUGGCGUCGUCUGCUGCGUCGUUCCUUGUAUGGCGUCCAUUGUGUAGAACUUUUGCUUGUACGUGUCUUACGUCGGGUUUGUUCUUUU